AUGAAUUUAAAUAGAACAGAUGAAUUAGAAAAAUCAACAGUUAGUUCAACAAAAACAACAAAAGUUAUAAUUCAUGGUUGGAAGGAUUAUUACGACAGUAAUUGGAUUGUAAAUUUACGUCAAGAAUAUAUUACUGCUGAUGAUUAUAAUAUUAUUGUUGUUUAUUGGGAUGAUAUAUCAUCUGGAACAUUGUAUUACAAUGUUGCCUGGGAAGUUGAACAGGUUGGUGAGAAAGUUGGAAUGCUUCUUGAUUUUCUUCAAUCGAAAAAUUACAUUGACAUUAAAAAUGUACAUAUUAUUGGACACAGCCUUGGAGCACAUGUUGCUGGAUUUGCUGGUAAAUAUUUAUCUGGUAAAAUUGGUAGAAUAACUGCAUUGGAUCCAGCAAGUCCAAUGUUUAAAGAUGAUAAUUGUGAUAAACGUCUUGAUAAAAAUGAUGCUAAAUUUGUUGAUGUCAUUCAUACUUGCAUUGAUUUGACUGGUUUUAAAUUGCCAAUUGGUCAUGUAGAUGUGUAUCCAAAUGGUGGAGCUUGUCAUCAACCUGGAUGUUCUUGGGCUUUGCAAAUAUAA